AUGGCAGACCCGAGGGUUGAGUCCCACCCCACACUGGGCUCGGGAGUGCUCCCCACUGCGGGAACCACGAAAACAUCUGGGGGGACUGCUAACUGCUCUACGAUGCACACACGCGCCCGCAAGAGGGCGUUUCGUCGCGCUAGACACCGCGCGGCGACACAAGGAGGAACUUUUUAUCGUGGCAAGUGGCACACAGCCAGCGAUCUUGGAGUGACGGAAAGGCGAGACAAGGAGCAACCCUCACCCGUGCGGCCCAAUCGAGGUGCCUUGCCGUGGACCUCCUCACCCAGACUCAAGGUCCGCAGUUACAACGCCGGUGGCAUCACAGCUGAAAGCUACGACCGACUGUGCCAUUGGCUCACCACCUCUUGCCAGGAAGAUAUAGUCAUUCUGCAGGAGAUACAUUGGGGCUGUGGUCGCGAAGAUGGCACAUGGUCCCUCCCGGGCUGGAACUUCUUUGUGUCUGCUGAUCCUGCGCAACGGUACAGCGGAGUCUGUGUGAUUAUUUCACAACGGCUAGGGGCGGCCACGAAGGCCAGUUUCUGCACAUGGAUCCCAGGUCGACUGCUGCAAGUGAGGCUCUGCACAGACAGGGCAACCAUGGACAUAGUAGCUGGCUACCAGUGGACCGGACCACAUGAUCCAGCAGUACAGGAGAAGCGCAGUUUCUACUGGAGUCAGCUCAGCCGCCUCCUGCAUGCAAUUCCAACACGCAACAUGGUGGUGCUUGGAGCUGAUUUUAAUACGCGCUGUGCUCCCAUACCUGGACAUGUAGGCCGCGGGGUUCUUCGGUGUUCACAGGGAAGGGAUGCUGAGCUUGACGCCUUGAUCAUUGAGCAUAACCUUGUCCUAUUAAACACUUGGUGCAGCGCCAGAGCAUCCUGCAGUCACACCUUUGUGCAUGGAGAGGUGCGCAGUCAGAUUGACUACAUUGCACUUCGCCGGCCGGCGGCGGAUGCUGCAGCCAGACGUGUCGUGCCACAUGUGUUUGAUCUCGCGCCGUGGAGGCGAGGACCUAAGCAUCAUGCACUGAUAGCCAGCAUUCCCUGGCGUGCAGGCUGGACCUACCAGCGCCCACCCCAAGUGAGCUGUAGGUUUGCAGUGCGUGACCUUAGGAUGUCAGUGCGGAUGAUGGAUGCGAGAGCCCACCAACUACAAAGUGAGGUCAGCAAGAUACUAUCUGCUGCUGGCCCCUACGACACCCUUGCCCAAAUUAAUGCUAACAUCCUUGCCGAAUGUAAGCGCCUUUAUCCCCGAUCCCAAGCUGCCCCCAAAGCCCUCAAGCCCUACCAGCAGCCCGAAGUCCGCAGUGCUCUUGAAGCUGUAGAGUCUACCCACCAGGCCCUGAAGACUGGUGUCACCGCAAGAGGCAUCCGUAAUUCUGUGCUCGCGUGGAAGAGGGCCGAGGCUUUCAAGCAGGCGAGUCGUAGGCUGCGACAGGUCAGCAGAGCAGCUCGGAGAGCUUGGUUCGAAACCAAAAUCACGGAAGCUGAGCAUGCUGCCACCCGGCACGACCUUAGUGCGGUUUAUAGGAUAGUCAACCUCCUGGCCCCUAAGCGUCGUAGGGAUCCGGUUCGUAUUCGCGGCAUGCAAGGCGAGCUGCUCAGCCCGCAGGCGGAAUUCGACGCAAUUUUCGAAUACUUCCAGGGCGCCUUCAGCAGUGCACAAAACUAUCAAUUGCAAGAUCAGCAGGUCAUGCACUUUGACAAGGAAGAACUCAUGCAUGCUAUUGCCCAGUUGCGAGGGGGCAAGGCUGUGCCGUCUGAUAGUGCUCCUGCUGAAGUGUGGCGGCUAUGCCCUGCUGAGUUUGCACAGUUUCUGUUGCCUCGCGUCAACCUCAGCACCACAAAGGCCCCACAAUACCCGCCCGAAGUUGCUGAUUGUACCUUAUUUUUACUCCCUAAACCCAACAAGCCCGGGCGUAGACCAGCGGAUCUACGACCGCUAGGGAUACAGGACCCCAGCUCUAAGGUAACAGCUAGUGCCAUCAGAAAUCGCCUGCAAGAGCUCACACUGGGGUUUCUGCAACGGCGUCCGCAGUACGCCUACUGCCCGGAUAAGGCUAUCGACCAGGCUAUAGCCAGAGUUUGCCAGCAUUGCAGGCAGGUCCGAGACCGCGUCCAGCACGCCAUACCGACGGUUCAUGGUCGUAGGGAGGGACAAAAAUCUAGCCAAUGUGUAGGUGGCAUAAUGCUAGGAUUGGAUCUUAGCCGAGCUUUCGACUGCAUACCCAGAGCUGCCUUGCAGAGAGCAUUGCUGCACGCUGGUGCAUCCGAGCCGCUUGUCCAAGCUGUGACGGCCUUGCAUUCCCAGUGUCGAUACAAAGUGCAACACAAAGGCAUCAGCAACACAUUUGACAUGGAACUGGGAGUGCGACAAGGCUGCACGCUCAGCCCGUACCUCUUCUCACUGUUCACGUGCUUAGUCUAUGACGUACUGGUUGAACGUACUAACGAGCAAUGGGCCAAGGCGGCCAUCACUCUGUUUGCGGAUGAUACGCACUUGGCCUGGGAUGUGUAUACGGGGAAUGACUUACGCUUCUUUAUGCACUGCACACGGGUCACUUUUCAGGUGUUUGAGGAGUUCGGGAUGACUGUGAACCCAGCCAAGUCACAGCUUGUACUGAAGCUCCGAGGCAGUGCCGCGGCCCGCUGGUUUCGUAGUAACAGGUGCCUAGGUCCCCAAGGUCCAACCCUCAACGUAGGACUGCCGCACGCACCGCUACAGAUACCCAUCGUCCCACAUAUGAAGUAUCUUGGCAUCAUCGCUUCGUACAGCAACUUCGAACUUCAGACGUGCUACCACAGACAACAAGCCGCUCUGGGAAACAGGCACCGUCUAGCUCGUGUCCUCCAACAUAGACAACUUACACUUCAACAAAGAGUCAGGUUAUACGUUGCAUGUGUCAGGAGCAGUCUUUUGUAUGGCCAGCACGCUACGGGGUUCACCUCCUCUGUGCUGAGAAGACACGACCAAUUCGAUGCUCGAGUCUUGCGAGCCAUUGCCCACGCGCCUGCACACCUCUAUAAGGAAAGCACAGCGGAUCUCCGCAUUCGACUCAAGGUGGAGUCCCCGAGCACUGUCCUGGCACAGACUUUAGAAGGUCGUAUACGGAAAACUGCAGAUGCUGAAAGUGUGCAAUGGUUUUCGCGAUUGCAGCAGGAUCUCAUCAGUCUGCGUGCACAGCCUGCCACUGGGCCGGCAACAGAGUCCAGCCCCUUUGGGCGGGAGCCGCAGAUAGGGGUAGCAUGUCCAGAGUGUGGUCAAUACUUCAGCACUGUCCAGACUAUGCGCACGCAUCAAGCAAAACGCCAUGGAUAUAAGGGCCAGAAUGCAAGACCACAGCCAGGUGUACUUGACGCCGUUUCAUAUGCUGCGUGCACUGUUGACGGGAUGCCGCAGUGCAUUAGCUGUAAGCGUAAGUUCACUCGGGUUGAGGCUCUUAAGAAGCACAUUAAGUCCGGUUGCCCUGCUAAAGCACCUGUUGUAAAUGUGAGUGAUGUGUCCGCCACCGCCGAUGCGGAACAGGUACCCGCGUCGCGGGCAGAGUCGCCUAGGGGCUGGGCUCUGCAGGCGGACACAUCUGCUGAGACUGCGCGUGUAGUGCCAAUUCUCUCAACAGGGCACCGUGGCCUACUAGCAGACCCCGAUUUUUGUGCUCAGGUUCAGCAAAACUGGCGACAAACAUUGCGCUUGCCACAUGUCUGUGGGGUACUGCGGGAAUACUGCCUUGUCUGUGGUCAGUGGGGCAACCGUCUCAAGCAGCAUAUCAGACGGAUGCAUCCGGAGUUCUGGGCCCUGAGACCGGCAGCAGAGUUGCAGUGCAAGCGACUAGGCCUACUAGCAGUAGAUCCGUGCCACUACUGCGGGCUGCACGCCAACCUGGAAGUGAUGAGCGAGCCCAUGGAAGAGGAAGAGCUGGCGCAGCAGCGCCGGAAGGAGUUGGAGGAUGUAUGGGGAGGUCGCUCGUGGGAGAAGGAUCGCUCCAAGAAGACGCGGGAACGAAGCCCAGACGGGGAGGAGGAGAACACAACGCAGGAGCGCGAGCCGAAGCCCAAAUGGCCCAAGGAGGCCAACAAGGGCAAAGGACCAUCCCGUGGCUCAUGGGACGCCUGGUCCCACAACAGCGGCAAACGGAACUGGCAAUCAAGCCAGUCCAACCGCGAUCACAGCAGCCAGGACGACGGGCCCAUGAACGAGCUGGUCAAAUGCCUGGUGAAGAUGUCGGUUCGGCACGAGCAAGAGCUGACCCGCCUGAGACCAGACGUGGGCUUCAUCGCUUUCUGCGACACGUCGGAACUGGGGUGCCUUCCCAUGCUGAAGGGAGUGACGGAAAACUGGAUAGAACUCCAGAGCAAGGGACAGGUCAAGCAGGGCCUCAAGAACAUCCUCGCGAUCUCCAUGAUGAAAGACCUUCGCGAGCGAGCAGAACUGACGCUUCGGGAGGAGGACCGCCUACAAAAGUGCAAGGAAUCGGGCUGGCUGAUUCCCAGCGAGAACUCCCUGAAUCCAGCCUGGGUGUAUCACACAUGGGAUGCACAGACCAAGCAGCAGGUGGUGUCGGAAGCACCACCACUGAAGCACUGCGAGGCCCUUCGCCUCCUGGACAUGCUGAUCGACAACCUGGGCAUGGAGGGAGUGCUGACGAAGUUUGCCUCAGCGAAGCAGGGUCACAUGCAAGACAAGCACGACAAGGAGGUAAUCCCGAUGAUGAUGAACCUGAGUCUCCGCGGAGCCGCCAGCGAUCAGUGCCACGAUGCCAUGAAGAAGCUCUCGGGCUGUGCCCUGGUCAAGCUUCAGGGAGUGAGGUGGAGACCGGAACGGGCCCACAAAGCGCCACUGGCCAAUGCCUUGGAGGAGGCCUAUCUGCAGAUGUCGUUCUGCGACUGGAGCCGGCGCGACUCGCAGGUGCUCGAAGCUCCUGUGUGUGUCCAAGGGACGGCACACACGUGGUGCCUAGGUCGGCACCACUCGACCAGGAUGCAUCGAAUAGUUGCACUACCUGAGCAUGUCUGCGCCGUAGCCCAGGAAGAGAUUCAACUACUCUGUGCACUGCGAGACCUGAUUCCAAGCACGGAAGGCGUGAGGCCAUCCAUCACCAUGGCCACAUGCAAUGAGAUUGCACAGGAAGCACAGCUUACUCUCCCCCCGAAUGCUCGAGCCAAGUUCUUUGCCUAUGUGGAGAGAAUGUCACAACAUCAGGUACACCAUGGUUUGACGAGGCUACCCAAUCCAGUCAAACUGAGGCCGCGUAACGAUGCUGAGGUCAUUGCGCAGGCAUUCCUUGAAGAAGGUACUGGCUCUCUGUGGUCCGCGGCACGUGAGGUAGCACGCGCACUAUCCUUCGAUCAUGACCCGAGAGAGGCCGCUAAUGGACGGACCCUCCGAUUGGGUCUGUACAGCAAGGGCGGGAUCACGGGCCUGGCUAAGCCCUCGGGGCACCACCUCGCUGUGAGUCGCAUCUUCAAUGCACUGAUUCGCGAAAUUCUGCCUCAGCACUGCUGGACAUCACUCAGCGUGAACCUGAAUAACCACACCGCCCCUCACUAUGAUGCGCACAACGCCACGGAUGCCAGUUUGUUGGUCGGCCUCUCUCACCACGAUGCAGGCCAGCUGUGGAUUCAGGACAAUGCUGGGGACGUGGUUUUGGAGGCGGAAGGUACUCGCUAUUGGGGGAUGCGAUAUCCCACAGCAGGGCGGGCUGUUCUCUUCGACAGCAGGCGACUUCUACAUGGCACAAUGCCGUGGAUGGGGGACCGCUAUAUCCUCAUUGCCUACACAGUGGGGUCUCGAGCGACUACCAAGGUCGAGCACAUUGAAUUCCUGAAGUCUGCCGGCUAUCAACUGCCAGACAACUGGGAUGCUUGGAGGCCAAUGGAGGGCAAGGGACAAACCAAACUGGGCCAGUACUUUGGGGACCGCUCAGAUGCGAAGCUGGAAGCACCGGCAUCGCAUCGCUGCGGGGACGCUGCGGGGACAAUCGCUGCAGUACCCACGGCCAAUGAUGCAGCGACCGUUUUCCCCGAGUGA